AUGGAUUAAAUAUUUAUUUCUGGUAUUGCAGGAGGCUCAGCUGGAAUCAUUACAGAUUUCAUCUUUUUUCCUAUUGAAACAAUCAAGACUAGAAUCUAAGCAUCCAAUAAUAAAAUUGAUUAUUUCAAAACAGCAGCCAAAGUAAAUAAAUACAGAGGACUUUUGUCAUAAAUCACAGUCUCCUUCCCAUCAGCGUUUAUAUUUUUCUCCACUUAUGAUACAUCCAAAAAUUAUGGCUGUUCACAUAUGUUGGCUGGAGCAUUAGGCGAAUUUGUUACAAAUAUUUUCAGAAACCCUUUUGAAGUUGUCAAAAAUCAAAUGCAAGUAGGAUUGGACGGAAACGUAAGAGAUACCUUAAGAUCAAUCUAUAAUGGAUAAGGAUUCCGUGGUUUUUAUGCAGGAUUCACAACCAUAAUAAUGAGAGAAAUACCAUUUAGUGCAAUUCAAUUUCCUAUAUAUGAAAAUAUGAAGAUGCAUUUUGGAAAUGAUGGAUUUGCAGAUCAUGCAUUGAAUGGUGCAGUGGCAGGUGGGACAGCAGCCUUUUUAACAACUCCUUGCGAUGUUGUAAAAUCAAAAUUAAUGACACAAAGGAAUUAAUUUUAUGAUUCAUUAACAGGCUGUAUAAAGUCGAUUUAUGAGACAGAGGGAAUUUUAGGCUUUUUUAGAGCUGCGCAUAUAAGAACAAUGUAGAUCUCAGUAUCUGGAAUUGUAUUUUUUAGUGCAUAUGAAAGAUGUAAAUUUUAUAUUUCAUCAUUCAAUAAUAGAUCAUGA